UUUCCUCCGGACAGGUUUUUAUAAAUCUCCCCCUAAGUGUGUAUGGAGUGAGCGAUUUUUACUACGGAAGGAAUUUCACUACUGACGCCACCGUGAGGAAUGGGGAGUCAGCCCAGUAAGAGGGGGUACUCAGCGAUAGCGCCCGCCAUGUCCACCACUCAGAGGAGCCCUGACGUAAUGGACAAGUCUGCGUUUGUGGCUUUGUACAAUUUCCCGGCCGGCGGCCGAAGUGACUUCAGCAUUGGUCUCGGGGAGCAGCUGCACAUCCUCUCUGAGGACGGUGACUGGUGGAAGGUGAAGUCCGUCUCUACAGGACGAGAGUGUUACAUGCCCAGGAAUUAUGUCGCCACCGUGCAGAACAGGUGGUUUUAUAAAGGUAUAAACCGGGAGAAAGCAGAAGAGCUGCUUCUCAUCAGCUGUAACCGGAGCGGUUCCUUCUUGAUCCGAGAGAGCGACACCCGAAGAGGGUCUUAUAGUUUAUCAGUCCGGAAAUCAAAUCAAGCGACACUGGAUACCAUCAAGCAUUAUCGUAUUAAUCGUCUGGAGAACGGCUGGUAUUAUAUUUCUCCUCGUCUGACCUUCCCCACACUCCAGGAUAUGGUGGACUACUACUCUGAAAUGGCGGACGGAAUUUGCUGCAUCUUAAAGGAGCCGUGUAUCGUACAAGGAGUUGUCCCUCCUGCUGCUGUGACCUCUGAACCCAUCAUUGUUAGGAAGACAACUCUGAACUGGAGAGAUCUAGAUAGCUCGGCCUUAUUCAGAGAGGACACCAACCUAAACGAUGAGGACUGUCCGGUGAGCCUGGGCCUCCGGGAGGCCGUCACGUCUUACAUGUUUAUGACAGAAGAGAUGGACUCAAUGGCGGCUCUGGAGAGGGAGCGUCUGUACAAGACAUAGGCCGGGAAAUGGACAAUAUGUCAGACGCCGAUGGUGAAUGGGCCUCAGUUCAGACACACGUUGCCGGCAUCGCUGUCUGAUGGUGCCGCACAGGACAUCACUGUAUUUAUUGCAGCUGAGCUGCUUUAUCCUUUCUAUGUUUUUAAAGACAUCGGUGUUGGCCGCUAUGGAUGACGACCUCCGUGACCUUGGACUGAGCAACAUAUGAAAACACCAACAACCUCUCUAUUAAGAGGAGACGACAGGAUCUGGUGAAUUCAACACGAAAACAUAUGUGAUGAAACCGCAGUAGUGAACACGGAAGGGAAUGGGAAUAUAGUGAAUACGGAGGAGACUGUGAAUAUAGUGAAUACGGAGGUGAAUGUGAAUAUAGUGAAUACAGAGGUGACUGUGAAUAUAGUGAAUACGGAGGUGACUGUGAAUAUAGUGAAUACGGAGGUGACUGUGAAUAUAGUGAAUACAGAGGUGACUGUGAAUAUAGUGAAUACGGAGGUGACUGUGAAUAUAGUGAAUACGGAGGUGACUGUGAAUAUAGUGAAUACAGAGGUGACUGUGGAUAUAGUGAAUACGGAGGGGGAUGGGAAUAUAGUGAAUACAGAGGGGGAUGUGUGAGCUUGUUCUACCGUAUAUACCAGCACCUUGUUAUGAUUAAAU